GCCACGAUAGUAGGAGUGAUAUGAAAGAAAAAGACGAAUUACAAGAAAGAGAUGAUGACAAAACACCCACAAACGAAAUAUCCAUGAGUUCUAUUAACGAUAUAACUGAUAAUUCAGUGUUUAAAGAAUCUAUGGAAAGUGAGAAGCAAGUUAUGUUAUUAGCCGAUGAUCUAAAGAAUGAACUUAUUAUUGCUGAUGAAGAAAAGGACGAUGAUAGUUCCGAACGAAAUAAGUUCGUAAAUGCUUGGGUGUCCCGAAUGGCUUGUGAAGAAAAAGAUUUAUAUUGGCUGCUGGAGGAAGUAACGCAAGAACAACAACAUUUAACGGCAUCUAUUAUUGAUUUCGUUAUGACUGAAGAACCCUGUGAUAUAGAUAUACUUAGGAGGGCUUUGUAUUGUCAGGUACAAAGAGCGGAGAUAAGACGAAAAGGUUAUUCCAUAAUAAACAGUAUUAUUCAUUCCUCACAAACUAUGUCAGAUAGCAUUAAAUAUGCAGCGCUAUCUGGUAUAUCGGGUGCUUGUAUGGCGGACUCGGUGCCACAUACACCAUUGAAACCUACCAUUCCAUUGACCAGACCCUUGCAAGGCAUUGAAUCUGUGAUACCGUAUUUGAAGUACAUGGUGCUUUUGGAGAAGUCGAAAUUGAUGGACUUCAUACUGAUAGAGCUGAAGACGAGGGUUGUUGAAGGUGAACAAAGCCAGCCGCUGCCUCUUAAAAUGAGCGCGAAUUAUGGUGCUCAUGCAUUGUUAAACAAACCUUCUAGAGCUAGGUUUCUAAUCGCGUUAUUGUCCCUCCUGAUUGAAGGAUGUCAGGGCCCGGAAUUAGAACAGCUAAUUAAUGGCGGAGCACUCAGUUCCUGCUUGACAUUACUCAAACAAAUCGGUGGCGAUACUUCACAACACGCGUCACUUAUUUGUCAUGGAUUAAAGUCUAGAUCGGAUUGCCUAAUUAUUUAUGAGGACGAAAGACUAGGCGCUAGAGCUAGAGGAGCAUCUUUAUCAGGACCGGAAUUAGCUUCUUUGAUGAAGAUUGGAACUCGAGUUGUACGUGGAAAGGACUGGAAGUGGGGAGAUCAGGAUGGUGUACCCGGCGGCGAAGGUAGAGUUAUCGGCGAGCUAGGCGAGGACGGCUGGGUCCGCGUGGCGUGGGACGCGGGAGGUACAAAUUCAUACCGCAUGGGGAAAGAAGGGAAGUACGACCUCAAGCUCGCGAGGUCUCCCUCCCCACCGCCCUCCGUCGUCGAAACUGUGCAGGGGUCACCUGAGGCUACUCAAGACUGGUGGCCCGUAAGCGAAGUGCGCGCGGCGUGCAUAAGCGCGGUGCGUGCUAUGUGCGCGGGAGUUAGUGCGUGUGCGGGCUCCAGCAGCUCAAGUAUCACUGCGCGAAGAAACGUCGCCGCAUUACAGAGGAGAUUGUUGGCCCUUGCGCAUGCGCAUAUAUCACCACCGCCUACUGCAUUUGGUGGACAUUUGCACACAGCGCUUGCUUUGUUGAGAGCAAGCGCUCAAACACUCGAGAUGAGGAAAGCACUUUGCACAGACGCGUGGUUCGAACUUUGCUACAGUAUUAUUUCCUCUACCGACAAACCUAUCACGCAGGAUUUGGUUUAUCUACAGAUCCAAUCCGUGUGGCUCCUACACCGCGUGCUCGGCGAGCACACGGGCGCGGUGGAGUGGCGGCGCACGGUGAGCGCGCAGCUGGCGGCGCUGGCCGGCCGGCUGUGGCUCGAGACGCACGCCGCCGACCCCGCGCUGCGCCCGCACGCGCUCCCGCUCGCGCCGCUGCCGCACCACGUGGAUGAGGAGGAAGUGGACAACAGAUGGCGAGCGCCGGCCACGGCCAGCUACACGGGCGCGACUUGCGCUGCGAUAAUCAACUUGUUGCGUCAAUUGCACACCAUGCCGCAGUGGCACGGACCCAUUACUAGUAUGUUGCUGGAAAAAAUGCAGCUGGCUGCACAAAUGAUAACAAAUGACUGGCAUUGGUGGCCACAUGCUAGUCAAGAUUUGGCGCAAACUUUGAAACCAGCACCGCCUUCACUAAAUACUUGUUUAAUAGCUGGUGCCCUUGGUGUAUUGGGUGGUAUGGAAUGGCGUUUGCGGCUCGGGCAGCGAGUGAGCACCGGUUCGCCGCCAAAGAACGCUGUUGUUACACAAUUUUCUACAAGAGCCAAAAUUUCUCUUGUUCACGAUGAUAACACGAUUACCAAGACUGAUCUAAAUAGCGUGCAGAACUUGGAGUGUGAGAAGUUGAGUCACCCGCUGGGCGGUGGCGAGAGCGCGCUCCGUGUGUGCGCCGCCUUACUGGGCGCCGGCCCGCAAGCGUCCCCCAUGCAUCCGCACCAUUUGCCUGCCGAAAUAGAUGUGUUUGGACUAAGGAGGCAGCAAAUGGAACUGUUAACACUAUCAGCUGUUAGAGGCUUGUUGACGACGCGUACGCGCCUCAGGAACGUGUUAAUGCAACCACCGGAUAAUAAUAGUGCAUCUCUCGAAAGAGGCACCAAUUCACUCGGAACGGAGGGUACUCUAUUGCGACGGCUGUUGGCGCUAGCGACUCGCCCCAGUCCACUCGCUGCGUCACAUACACCAAGAGAACUGGCUACAGCCGCAUUGGCGAUUUCUCAACAAUUAGCUGCGCAUAUAGCGAGUGAUGAAAAAGAUUAUGAAUCUCCACCGGAAUUACCUAUCAUCGAUAAAAGUAACAUACUGCAAGUGUCUUUGGGACCAUCUACGAGUACUGCAUCGCUGUCUCGUAAAGAUCUCAACACGUGGGCUAACUCUGCGCAAGUACAGCAGGUUAUAGAGAUGGGAUUUUCAAGGCAUGCUGUAUAUGGUGCUAUACAGACAUUAGGUGGAACCAGUCUACCAACCGUCGAGGCAUUAGUGGCUUAUCUAUUAGAGUUGCCACAACAAGGCAUGGAUGAUUCAGUGUUCGAACCCAAGCCUCAUUCAUCGAAAAUGGAAAAGAAACAGACUCCAUAUAGAUGGCGCAGUUGUUUCGCUUCUGAAGACGAAUACGCUCAAUACCUUUCGGAUAUUAUAACCCCUGGGAUGACUGUACGUUGUUGUAAGGCGUAUGAGAGUAUUGCUCUUGGCGAUGUUGGACAAGUACAAAAAGUUGAACGUGAUAUCAAGCAGAAUGUUUAUUUGCAAGUUGAAUGGAGAGGUCUAGGGCGUAUAUCUGGUAUUCGAGCACUACAUGCGGAAGUGGUGUCCGGAGCACCACCAUUCACACCCGGGGACCGAGUGCGUGUGCGAGCCGCUGUCACUCAGCCGCGGUAUAAGUGGGGUUGUAUUGAUCAUACUAGCGUGGGCACCGUUACGGCUAUAUCAAGCAAUGGACGAGAUUUGACAGUGGACUUUCCCCAACAACCUGGUUGGACUGGCCAAGUCAGUGAAAUGGAACUUGUAACGGAUCAGUCGGAGUGGGGCGAGAGCGCGGGCGGCACGAACGUGGGGUGGCGUGGCGCGGUGCGGGCGGUGCGCGUGUCGUCGUGCCGCGCGGGCGCCGGCGCGCGCCGCCUGCUCGACUCGCAGCCGCACACGUACUGGCAGAGCUGCACCGGCGCUGGACAGCACUGGAUACGUGUAGAAAUGCGUUGCGGGGUCCGCAUCCGUCGCCUGGGUCUGGGAGUGGCUGGCGGCGUGCACGGUCCCUCCGCCCUCUCAGUACGGGCGGGCUCUAGUUUCGAGGACGCCACUCUGUCGCCGCUCGCCGCGGUGCCGUGUGCGCCCGCGCCGCCCUCUAGGGACCGGCCCCCGACACACUUGGCGCAGAUACAGCUGCUUUCUGAUUGUAAACAAUAUUAUUCUUGCAUAGAAAUCGGAAUCAAGCAAAAUCGCAACGUCAACGCUGACUGUCGAGUAUACGGCCUCUAUAUCACUGGAUUUAGACCUAACCCUCUUUAUACAGAAAUAUUAUCCAGUAUGAAUUUUGUAGCGGAAGACUGGAUGGAGAGAGACAUCUCAUCUAGCGCAAUGUCUUCUGAUAAUAAUGCGCCUAUUAUGCCAUCCGAUUGUCCUAAAGUUUAUGUUUGGGGAUUGAACGAUAAAGAUCAAUUAGGAGGCGUGAAGGGCUCCAAAGUGAAAGUGCCCGUUUUCUCACCAGUUCUUAGUGCACUGCGGCCGCUACAUGUCGCUGGCGGAUCUAAAACUCUCUUUAUUGUCUCACAUGAUGGCAAGCUAUACGCAUGUGGAGAAGGCACAAAUGGGCGACUCGGUCUUGGCCACAGUAAUAACGUGUCCACUCCGCGGGCUAACCCAUACCUCUCGCAUGUGCUAGUGCGGCGAGUCGCUGUGCAUUCCGGUGGGAAACAUGCUUUAGCUCUAACUGCUGAUGGAAAGGUUUAUUCGUGGGGCGAAGGUGAAGAUGGCAAACUGGGACACGGGAACCGGUUAACAUUAGAAGCGCCACGUCUCAUAGAAUCUUUAGCGGGUGAACGAGUUGUGAACAUUGCGUGCGGUUCAGCGCACAGUGCGUGCGUGACCGCGCGGGGACACUUGUACACGUGGGGCAUGGGCGAGUACGGACGGUUGGGACAUGGGGACGACACUACCCUUUUGGCGCCUAAGAUGGUGGAAGCUCUUGCGGGAUUUAGAGUUAUUCAAGUAGCUUGUGGAUCCCGGGACGCACAAACUUUAGCCCUUACAGCUUGUGGCAAAGUAUUCUCUUGGGGAGAUGGUGAUUUUGGAAAGUUAGGUCGGGGCGGUUCGGAUGGAUGCGCUGUGCCAAUGAAUGUUGAGAGACUAAACACCCUUGAUGUAAUUCAGGUUGAAUGUGGUGCUCAGUUCAGCUUAGCUCUAACGCGAGAUGGAGAGGUAUGGACAUGGGGCAAAGGUGACUAUUUCCGCUUAGGUCACGGAUGUGACGCACACGUCCGCAGACCGACGAUAGUGGAAGCGCUCAAAGGCCGGCGCGUGAUACACGUGGCCGUGGGCGCGCUGCACUGCUUGGCUGUCACUAGCGAUCAUCAGGUCUGGGCGUGGGGUGACAACGACCACGGGCAGCAAGGCAACGGCACCACGUGCGUGAACCGGCGGCCGGCGCUGGUGGCGGGCGUGGAGGGCGUGCAGCGCGCGGCGGCCGGCUCGUCGCACUCCGCCGCGUGGGCGCUGCGCCCCGACCUCAGCGCGGAUGCGCACGCGCCGCACGUCGCGCCGCUGCCCUUCCCCACGCUCAAGGAUCCGCUGGGUGCCCACAGCCUUGGUUUGUAUUCAGAGGAAAAUAAUGUAGAGGAAGCUCCAGGCCCUCGCCCCUCCUUGGCAGCAGCGGCGCUUGCGCUGGAGCCGCCUGUUGCAGUACAACAUGCAUUGUCUUUAAUUUUACUCGCAUUGCAUAUUACCCAGGCGCGUUGCCUGCUGGUGGAAGCAUUAAGAGCUCACGAAGUGUGUACGAACACGCCAUCAGUCGGGUUAGAGACUGAAGAUGAUGACACCGAGGCUGAUGCCCGAACUGGUGGAGGGGAGGCUCCCGCUGAUAGGGCCACUCUACCCAGUGGGGCGAGCAGUCCACUAAGCGGUUCGAUUUCAUCCCGACACUCUGCCGUGAUGUCGUCUAGCGCAGUGUCCGUAGCUGCGGCCACUAUGACCGUUCAACAGGCUGAGGCGCCUAAGGUGGAAUUGGACGACUUUACCUCGCAAUUGGGCGAAGCGGACGCAAGGGCCUUGGUCGAUCUUCUGAAGUUGGCUGCGGCUGGACGUAUGCCCGAUGCUGGGAACGCUGUUAAAGUGAUUACUGAUGUUCUUAUGGCUCUAUGCGCCCGCAAAGCAAGCGUAGCGGAUAUGGUGGUCGAAGUGUGCGUGUGCGAGCUGGAGGAAGCCGCUGCGGGCAGCGGCCGUCCGCCGCCGCACCCCGUCACUGUGGACAGCCCGCACCCCUACGCGGAUGAUACCGAUAUAUCGGGCGUUGUCAAAAUCCUGGGCGCUUGUUCCCUUCGCGUGUCGUUCGAGCAGGGUUGCUCCACAGAGCGCCGUAACGAUCCGCUCACUAUAUCCGAUGCGGCCGGUCGAGUACUAGCAACUCGAUCAGGAAGGGAACCCGCUGAUUGGGCACAGGAGGUUAUUGUUAAUGGUGAUGAAUUGCGUUGGAGAUUUACCAGCGAUGGAUCUGUUAAUGGUUGGGGAUGGCGGUUUACGGCGCACCCUGUGCUGCCUACAUAUUCGCCUUCGGACAGUGGAACUGACCGAUAUGUCUUAUCGUGUCCUUCUGUGGAGUUAGCGUGGAGGUUAUUGGAUGGUCCACUGUUAUCGGCAAUUUCAAACGAUCAUCAGCUCGCUCCAAGAUUGGCGCAAGCGCUGGCGAUUUGCGCACAAAUGCCUACCUUAUCGUGGCGCGCCCGCGUGUGGUGCGUGCGGCGGCUGCGCGGCGUGGUGUGCGGCGCGGGCGAGCCGAGCGCGGGCACGCCGGCCGCGCUGCAGCACCUGCCGCAGCUGCUGCAGGCGCAGUACGAGCACGAGGCGCCCGCGCUGCGCACCGCCACGCACCUCAUGCACACGCACUAUCUCAAGGAACUGGCGUUACUCGCAUGCGGUUUACGUAUGGACGCACGCAUGUCCAACGGAUCAGAUGCGGCGCGGUGGUUCAAGCGCUACUGCGUGUGCGUGCGCACAGCAGACGCGUUGAUACGUCGUACCCCACUGCCACCACCGUUCCUAGCCGAUGUGCGCAAGAGGUUGGCAGACCUUGGCGUGUAUGGAGAUGAGGGUGGGGAACAAGGUUCUGGCAACGUUUGGGAAGAUAACAUCAAGUUUACAAGGCAGCAUGAUGAGCAAUUACUCCAUUGGGUUAAUAAGCGGCCGGACGAGUGGACGGGGUGGUGGGGCGGCGGCGCGCGCGGGUGCGCCGUGUACGGGUGGGGGCACAACCACCGCGGGCAGCUGGGCGGCGUGGAGGGCGCCAAGGUGCGCGCGCCGGCGCCGUGCCACGCGCUCGCCGCGCUCAGCCCCGUGCAGCUCGUCGGCGGCGAGCAGACGCUGUUCGCGGUCACGCCCGACGGCAAGGUGUACGCCACGGGUUAUGGUGCAGGAGGUCGUUUAGGCAUAGGAGGCAUCGAUUCUGUGUCUCAGCCCACUUUAUUAGCAUCUUUACAACACGUCUUUAUUACAAAGGUUGCAUGUAAUUCUGGCGGGAAACAUUGCCUCGCACUAUCCGCGGACGGUGACGUGUUCAGUUGGGGCGAAGGUGAAGAUGGAAAACUUGGCCAUGGCAAUAGAGUGAGCUACGAUCGGCCAAAGCUUAUAACCGCGCUCUCCGGGCUGGAGGUGAUAGCGAUAGCGUGCGGCGGCGCGCACUCCGCGUGCCUCACCGCUCGCGGGCGCAUCUACACGUGGGGCAAGGGGCGCUACGGCCGGCUGGGCCACGGCGACUCGGAGGACCAGCUGGUGCCCAAAAUGGUGGAGGCAUUGGCUAACUAUCGCGUUAUAGAUGUGGCGUGCGGUUCAGGCGAUGCGCAAACUCUAUGCAUUACGGAUGACGACAAUGUAUGGUCAUGGGGUGAUGGCGAUUAUGGAAAAUUGGGACGAGGUGGUUCUGAAGGGUGCAAGUUACCAAUGCGAAUAGAUUGCCUGAAAGGACUGCGUGUGAUAAAAGUGGAAUGUGGGUCGCAGUUCUCCGUAGCACUCUGCCAAUGCGGUAGCGUUUAUACUUGGGGUAAAGGUGAUUAUCAUAGGCUCGGACACGGCAGUUACGAACACGUAAGGCGGCCGAUGCGGGUUACCGGCAUGCAAGGAAAAAUGAUUGUUUCUAUUGCGACUGGAAGUUUGCAUUGCGUGGCGUGCACCGACACGGGCGAAGUGUACACUUGGGGUGAUAAUGACGAAGGUCAGCUCGGAGAUGGAACUACACUCGCAGCUCAAAGACCUAGACUGCUUGUCGCUUUACAGGGUAAGCGCGUAACGAAAGUAGCAUGCGGCAGUGCGCACACGGUCGCGCUAUGCGUGGAGGCGCCGCGUGCGCCGCGCCCGCCGCCGCCGCCGCCGCUCGAGUGCCACUUGCUGAGGGACAUGGCGCCGCUUCAUAUGUGCUAUAGAUUGGUGUUGCUGCAUCAAUUUUCUGAACUCGUGUGCCCGAAUUUACCAUUCCUGAUCUUAGACGGGCCGCUGGAUCAAUUGAGGACAUUAUUGUUCUAUAGUGUGAAGGAAGCUGCGUUUAGAAAGGCCAUAAUGACGACGAUGGUGCGCGAGCGGCAGCACGGGCCGGUGGUGGAGCUGUCGCGGGUGGCGGCGCGGCGCGCGCGGCGCGGCGGCAGCGGGCUGGCGGGCGCGGCGGGCAUGCGCUCCGUGUUCGGGCAGAUGGUGGCGCGCCUGCCCGCGCUCACGCAGGACGCGCUCGCCCUGCCCCACCGCGUGUGGAAGGUCAAGUUUGUCGGCGAGAGCGUAGACGACUGUGGCGGCGGAUACAGCGAGAGCAUAGCCGAGAUGUGCGAGGAGCUACAGAACGGGUCAUUGCCGUUGCUAAUGGCGACGCCCAACGGGCGCGGCGACGCGGGCGCCUCGCGGGAUGCCUUCUUGCUCAACCCCACCGCCAACACACCGCUGCACCUCAAUUGCUUCAGAUUCUUAGGUGUAUUAAUGGGUAUCGCGAUCCGCACGGGCUCCCCACUGUCGCUGUCUCUCGCGGAGGGCGUGUGGCGGCAGCUGGCGGGCCAGCCGCUGCGGCCGCAGGACCUCGCGGAGGUGGACAAGGACUUCCUGCCCGCGCUGCUGUGCAUACGCGAUAUGACGCCCGCCAAUAAGGAAAUUCAAAAUCUCGAGCUGCCAUUCUCAAUCCCAUCAGCAGCGGGUCACGAAGUGCCACUGUCCACGCGUCACAAGCGAGUUACACCGGAUAAUAAAGAUGAAUAUGUGCAAUUGGCGCUGCAUUAUCGGCUACAUGAAUUCGACGAGCAAGUGCGUGCAGUGCGCGACGGGAUAUCGCGCGUGGUGCCCGCGCCUCUGCUCGCGCUGUUUACAGCCAGCGAGUUGGAAACGCUAGUGUGCGGCUCGCCCGACAUACCCGUGCAGGCUUUGCGAGCUUCUGCUACGUACAAGGGCGUGGAGCCGCACGCGCCGCUCGUGCAGUGGUUCUGGGAGGUGAUGGAGGAGCUGUCGGGCGGCGAGCGCGCGCUGUUCCUGCGCUUCGUGUGGGGCCGCACGCGCCUGCCGCGCGCGCCGCAGGACCCGCGCCAGCGCGACUUCGUGCUGCAGGUGCUCGACAAAUAUCAGCCGCCCGAUCACUUCCUGCCGGAGAGUUAUACGUGUUUUUUCCUUCUCAAGAUGCCAAGAUAUUCUUGCAAAGCGGUUUUACGGGAAAAACUACGAUACGCAAUCCACUUCUGCAAAAGCAUAGACACGGAUGAGUACGCGCGCGUGGCCCUCAGCGCGGCGGAGAGGGUUUCCUCCGAGGAGUCGGAUACGGAAGAACCAGCGCCCGCAGCCGCUGCGCCUCCACCGCUGUAUACCAUCACCAGGACGCCCACGUGGUUGUAGGCACAAAGCAUCUUUUGUACCAUUAGCUUUUAUGGUCCCGGACACGAGGCUGUUUGAAACGGGCGAUGGGGAUAGGGAUGGGGUUAUGGAUGGGAAAUAACUAGAGCUCUCAUGGGAUUUAAAUUUUGAAAAAGAACGCAGUGCAUAUUUAUCAAGACGCCAUUAAAAAAUAUAUAUAGAUAUGUUUAAGUAGUUAAAGAAUUCUGGUGAUUCUUUUUUUGUUUUUCAAAAUAAUUUACAUUUUGAAAUUCUUCAUAUUAAAAAAAAAUCAAGUGUACCUAAACUAAUAACUAUUUUAAAAAUGUGAUUCUUAAGUAACUCUAGUUAUUUAACGUCCAUUAUACGAACACUGUGGCAGUCUGAUAGUCGGUACGGAAAUGUUCCUCUUCUGUUAUAUUUAAUUGAUUUCAUAUCCCUACAGUAUUAUUAUAUGUUAUUGUCUUUUCACUUGAGUAUAUUCUAUGUAUAAUUUAAGAAGAGUUAUCGGCAGAUAUUAUUUAACCGGCAGCUAAAUGGGAGAUCUUUUGGUGAAUUAUUUAAAUAGUAUUUAAUAAAUAUGCUGUUUGUUUUCUAAUUUGAAGAGGUAGUAAUGAAUUCGGGACACCAUUAUAAUACAGAAAAUAGGAACACUAUGUAGGAGUUUAAUCUAGUUGUAAGUCUUUAGCUUCCUUUUUUAUACUGCAUUCCAACCAAUUGCAUAUUUGUGCUUCGCAAUGAUUGUGCACAUAUUUUGAUAUUAAAUGUGCUUAUUUGAACAAAAAAUA